AUUCCAGUGCCUUUGAGGGCUGAGGAAACAAAUGGCACUACUUCUAAACAAUCUGAAACAAAACAUAACUUGCUUCAUAUUAGUCUUAUUGGAGUGUAAGCGAGACUUCGUAAUGUAGAAUUGCAAUUCAAAACCGGCGCACGUGGUUUAUAAAUUCCAAGCGAGGAGUUGGUUAUGUCUGUUUUCCGACGGUCCCUGAAUCAGCAAGCUGUUAAUGGUGCGGCUCCAGAGUGAAUGGUUUCUCGGUUUCAACAUAGCUUUUACGCCCACGAUACGUUAUUUUGAACUCAACACAAGAUCUAUGUAACGUCGAGUGAUCGUUACGGCUGGUUGAUAUCAGCCUAACAUCACCACCGUUUCCAAAUCAUCAUAUAAUAGCGUAAGGUUAUGUUAGCUAGCUACUUAGCUAGCUAACUAGCUAGCAAUUUACUAGCAUUUUCGUUGUUUGGGUCAUCCAUGAAUGGAUUGGAUCCGGUAUUUUCCUCUUUACGUUAAUAUUGUUAAGAGUAUUUUUGCUUCAAAAUGGACCUUAAUUUUUAUUCUGGACUUUCUGACGGCUGCGCUCAAAAUGUUGAGCCUGAGUUUUUGGACAGCCAAGCAUAUGGUGGAUAUACGGAGGGACAUAAGUUUUCAGAGGGCGGUGAUAGUUAUCUCACCAUAGGUGGCAGUGCUCAUCACUUUUUGCCCGCUGAGCAGACUUUCCACACCCCCAGUCUUGGAGAUGAAGUUUUUGAGAUUCCCCCAAUUUCACUUGACCCAGACACAUCCCUCAGUAUUUCUGACGCUGUGUCCCACUUUGAGUUGUCCGACGGGUCAGAUGCCACUGUGGGACCUUCGGGUUCUCGUAGCCUCGUUAGCAACCUGGUGGUGGAAGCUAAUGAUCCAUCUUUUGCGUCUCCCUUCGUGAACACCGGCUCCCAAGGCUUGGAGCAUCUUAACAUGGGGGCCAUGGCUCAGGCGAACGGAGGAGCCCUGCUCAGCUCUUCGUCAUUGGAGUUGGGCAACAGCAGUGGUUCCCAUUUCAGCAGCUCGUCCCCGAUGACCAUUGAUGUUCAACUUGCCGACAUUGCUCAUGGUCUUUUGGGAAGCGGUCAGCUCUCUACCAUAAACCAGACAGAGCUGGCGCUGGGUCUAGGAGAAGAAUGUGUAGGACCUCCCGCUGGUACCUCAGAACCGCCACUUUCUGCAACACCUUCACCAGCUGCCUCCUUACAAGAUGAGGACCUGGAUGACUUCAAGAGGAGUGUGCUGGUAGACCCCCCCAUGUCUUUGUCCUCAUCCUUGGUCCUCUCCCAUCCAGCUGUCCAAUCCUCUGUCUCCCUCGUGACAGCGAAAAGGACCACAUCAGCUCCAGUCUCCAAAAUAGGCCGGCCCAAGAAAGACCCCAAUGAACCGCAAAAGCCAGUUUCUGCAUAUGCUCUGUUCUUUAAAGACACCCAGGCUGCCAUCAAGGGCCAAAAUCCAAACGCUUCUUUUGGAGAGGUGUCAAAAAUUGUGGCUUCUAUGUGGGACAGUCUGGCUGAGGAACAGAAACAGGUGUAUAAAAAAAAGACUGAUACUGCUAAUAGGGAGUAUUUAAAAGCUCUGGCAGCUUAUCGAGCCAAUCAACUGUCACAGCCCACUUGUGAUGAGGUAAAGACCACACCUUCCCCAUCUCUACCUGAUGUCAGCGUACCUGUUAGUCAUCAGUUUGUCCGUCCAGCAAAUAACCUCCAAGAAAACACCAUCACCAAUAUUUGUGCCUCAAACAUAAUUCUGGAUAUCCCCGAGAGGGCAACGCGUUCCCGCACGGGCGCAAACAAACCAGCUCAAGUCCCAGCACCCACGGUCCCAUCGGCCCAGACCGUAACCAAGACAUCCCAGACUGUCACCAAGAUCCUGAUCCCAAAACACAUGCUUCAGACAGGGGGCCAGUUUGUCACUCUGCUGCCCGGUGGCCUCCAUACCUUGCAACCCACCCUCGUAGUGUCCGGCAGCCCUCGCCAGCCGCCUCCCCUGCAGCAGAUGCAGAAUGCGCCGCCGCCGCCACCGCUCCAACAGAUGGCGCCAGCGCCGCCGCGGUUGCUACAGGCCAAGCCUCGUGAGGGAGGAAGCGCGGCGGGACUCCCUGUGUCAGUCACUGCUGCCCCUCCGCCUCCGCUUCAGAUAAAAAUAGUUCCCUCCUCUUUGCAGAGAAAAGACAUUGUUCCCAUCAUCAUCCCAGCCACUGCCACAGUGGCGUCAACACCGUCUGCUUCCACACUUGCGGCAGCAGUGCAGGUGGUGAAUUCAGCAGAGUCAGCAGGUCAGCAUGAUGUGGAGGUCAUCUCAGAAGUGCUUCCUUCUGAAGAGGGUGAGAUGGAGGUGAACGAGUCAUGCGAGGACACGUCUGUGCAGUGCAUGUGCGUGAGGUCCGGCUGCACAAACCCAGCGGUGGAGAGCCAAGACUGGGACAAAGAAUACUGCAGCAAUGAGUGUGUGGCCUCUCACUGCAGUGAUAUUUUCAAAGCGUGGUGCUCUAUUAGGAACCAGACCAUUGGAACGGUGAAAUAAAUCCCGUUAUCGACUGUCAUCAUACUGCACCGUGGACUUUGUGACUGUUGAGGAUUAUUCAAGAAGACUAGCAUUUUUGGGGUGCUCUUUAAACUCCUGAAUAUAUAAAAAAAAAAUAUAUAUAUAUUCAUCCAUCCUUUUAGUGAGCCAGCAGGAGUUCUUUAAUGCAUCCAGUGUUGUUCAACACAAAUCUUUGUGUGGCCUCCAAUGAUGUCUUGAAAAAACCAAAUGUUUAAGUCUUGUGCUCUUAAAAAAAAUGCAUUUGGGUUUCUGUAGUAAGUUUAUUAGUAUUAGUUUAUUCACUUGCCUGACUUCAGUGCGGGUUUAGUUGUGUGUGUGUGAGUGGUUGUCUGAAUGUUGUGUGUAUGCGCCUUGUGAUUUUGACUGGUGACCAGUCCUGGAUGUAGUCCGGUCACUGCCUAAAGCCAGCUGCCACAUGUGUUAAGUAUGGCGUAAGAUAGAAAAUGGAUAGAGUUUAAUGAACAGAUGACUCUCUGAUGUAUUAUGUUUUUGAUUUUGUGUUUUGUACAUAAAACAAGAGACCUUACAAUUCUGUUGUUCAUUAGUUAGCUGAAAAUGUUUUACUUGGUUUGAAUGAAGAAGCUUCACUGUGCUGUUAGUACAGUUUUUACAUUCAUUGUAACCUCAACAUUUCUGUAAUGUUAAACCGUACUUGCUCAGUGAAUAAAUGUAGAAACUAUCUUUUGAAA